CGGCUCUGUUUGCGUCACUAUUACGCGACGCACAUGUCUGAGGUGAAAGUGCAAACUUCCAUUUUUUAGAAAUAAUCUUCCUGAAUAGUUAGGCAAGCAAACAGAAACUUUUGAGUUUCACCGGUACGUUUUAGCAGCUUUGUUUCAUCUGUUUGCACGGCAGACGUAUUCUACGCUAUAUUUUAGACGCUCAGUUUGUUUAAACUCGGGUUAAAGCGCGCCAAGCUCAGGCCUACCCUGGUCUGCAGAUGGCUGCUUAGCACGGCUGGCUAACAUUAGCCGUAGCUGUAAACAAACACAACGGACAGCGGCGAGAAGAAACAACUGCUGAUACUCGACCUCACACCCUGGAGGUUUGUUCAACAAAUCGGGUCAACAGUUCAACUGGAUAAAAAGCUAGUAUCACGUUAGAAACAUAACUUCAGGAGGAGCUGGCAGCAGGAGGCAGUUUGAUACUGCUCAUCUGGACACAACUUCAGUUUUGAUGACAGUGCGAGUUUCUCCAAAGUAGUUCGGAGGUCAGUCGCUGUGGAGCGGGUCGGGUCAGUCGGCUCACAGGGGAAAAACACACACAAACACCGGCAUGUCGUCCUUUUCUGAGUCGGCCCUGGAGAAGAAGCUGUCGGAGCUGAGCAGCUCGCAGCAGAGCGUCCAGACACUGUCUCUCUGGAUCAUCCACCACCGCAAACACUCGGGCCUCAUCGUGAAAGUGUGGCACAGAGAGCUAAAGAAAGCCAAAAGCAGCAGGAAGCUGACGUUCCUGUAUCUGGCCAAUGAUGUCAUCCAGAACAGCAAGAAGAAAGGGCCAGAGUUCACCAAAGACUUUGAGUCUGUCCUCGUUGACGCCUGUUCACAUGUUGCCAGUGAUGCCGAUGAGAACUGUAAAAAGCACAUGGAGAGGCUGCUGAACAUCUGGAAGGAGAGAAAUCUUUACAGAAGCGACUUCAUUCAGCAGCUCAAACUGGCCAUAGAAGACUCAAACAGCCCGAGGCCUUCAGAAGAGAAGAAGGCGGUGAAACGAAACUAUCAGAAGAUCCAGGAAGAUGACGAAGAGGAGGAUGAUGACUACAGGAGCCACACCUCUCCUCACAGCACGGAUGUCGCUGCAACUCAGCUGACAGAGGAGCUGGUGAAGGCGCUGCAGGAUUUGGAGAAUGCAGCAUCUGGUGACGCAGCUGUUCGGCAGAAGAUUGCCUCACUGCCGCAGGAAGUGCAGGACGUUUCCCUCCUGGAGAAGAUCACCGACAAGGAAGCAGCAGAUAAGCUGUCGAAGACAGUGGAUGAAGCCUGUUUGCUGCUGGCGGAGUAUAACGGUCGACUGGCUGCUGAGCUGGAGGAUCGGAGGCAGCUGGCUCGCAUGCUGACGGACUACAUCGGUAGCCAGAAGGAGGCGCUCAUGGAGAGAGAAAAGAAACUAGAGGAAUAUAAGCAGAAACUGGCGAGGGUGACCCAAGUGAGGAAAGAGCUCAAGUCCCACAUCCAGAGUCUUCCAGACCUCUCCCUCCUACCCAAUGUGACCGGGGGUCUGGCCCCACUUCCCUCGGCCGGAGACCUCUUCUCCACCGACUGAGGUCUUUGCCCAGAAGAACGACCCCUACACCCCUCUCCACCCAAACCCCGUCCCGUGCUUGAUUCACAGAAAUACUCCCAACUGUCUCUCCAGCCAGAGAACACAUGUGGUCAGACCUCUCCCCGCAGAGUAGCCAGCCCUCUCCAAACCUGCAGGACAAGAGGGAUGAAGGGACAUGAAAAGGAAAGUUUAGCUAUAUCAGAAUGCCCUGCAGAGGAGAACAGCAGCUGCCCGGAUGUUUCCCGUACUUAUCACCAAGGAUUCCACUCCACCAGCUUUGGAACAAGUCUGUUUCCUGUUUGUUUGGUUGGUCAUUUUAAAUGCUGGUAAAGUUAGUGGUUUGGGAGGAGGGGCAGUGUGAAGAAGCAAAGCUUAGACACAUGUUGGAUGUCUGGGUGCGUCAGUCAAAGUGUGUUUAUGUGUGGUAUAUUUUUGAUUCAGGAUCUCACAAUUCUUACAGGUUGUGACUACACUGUGAAGAGGAUGUACCGUUCAUCAGUUUUAGUUUUAGGCUUUCAGUUGAUGGCUUUUUAUUGACAGAUUUUGAGAAGUUAUCAGAUUGGGUUCAGGACACAUGGCCAUUUGGUUGUUUCAUGAACACCCAUGGUCAACAAUUGUUACGUAGUCUGUGAUUAAACAGCAUUUGUAGGACAAUAACAUCCUUACAAUUUAAAAUCACUGGACAAGCUUUGUUUUUUCUGUCUCCAUUUGCAAAUUCAAUUUGAAGUACCUGUUUGUUUUCACACUUUAAUUUGAGCAGAUGCUUGAACUAUAAUAAGGCUAAUUAUGUUCAGAAGUGUGUACUAGACAAGGUUUGAGUUUUACGAAACAAAUCCCAGAAGUUUGAAGAAACAAUUCUGCCUGGUCUUUACUUGUAAUAUACAGCUUCUUCUGAAAGAAAAUGGUCAGAAAAACUAAAAUGUAUUAAAGAUCAUUAAGGUUUAGUGUGAGUAGGGCUGGGCAUGUAAAGAAAUCCUGUAUAUGCAAAAAGCGCCCACACACCAGAGUAUUAAUACCCAAACCUGGCUUGAUGGGACUCACUGGUACCCAAGGGAACGGGCCAGGUUUGGGCAGAAAUUUUGAGACUGCAUUCAGGUUGCAGUCGGGUUCAGACACUUUGGGUCAAACUUUAGGCUAGAUGGCUGGAGCACUCAAAUGACCGAUUCAUUUAAUACUAUGGGGAAAAACACCGUACAGACUCGACUGCGUCGGGCUGAGGUCAGGUUCAGACAUUAUAUGCUGCAAGCUUGUCGGGUUUGAAAAAAAUUUAUUGCAAGUGAAACAAAUGUGAACAAAAUGUGAAUGUUUCAGUCACAUUAGUUUCACUUUAUCAAGUGUGCACGUGCAAUAAAUAAAUUUUUUAAAAUUGUUUUGGCAUCUUGAGGGCCUCUUGGUCAACGUGCGGGCACUGUCUGCAUAUAUGGGACCUCUUGUUUUUGGCCAUAUGCACCUGACACAUUUUUUAAAAAGCUGAGAAUUAAGAGCCCAAAUCUUGCAAUGAUUUUUUUUUUUAUCAAUAUGAAAAAACAAAGAAAUAUCAAGCUAAGCUGGAUAGAGCAGUACCUUUUUCUGAUUCGAUUGUAUGCUACAUCUUUUUGGUAUACAUAUUAAAUAAUAAAAAAAAAAAAUCAGGACAGGUUGUCUACUUACAUUCUUUACUGUAUUAUGGAUUAGAGCCGUCAUCUUCAGCUUCAUUUUGAAGUGUUGGAGGAAACUGGGUACAAUGAUUCACGAUAUCAAAGUUUUUUUUUGCUAAUGUAAUUUUGGUACAGCGGAUUGUGAUGAUUUUCUAAACAGUUGUCAGUCAAGGCUAAAACCAAAUGCAUCAUUGGUUUAGUUUUUUGCUUUUCAGUUGUCUGUAUACUGAAGGUAAAAAACUAAUUUAAGGAGAAUUUUUAUGAUGAAUUGUCAGAUGACAAACCACUGGUUUUGUUAAAGUGUUUAGAAGCCGAUCACAGCCCCUGCUGCUGCUGAGAAGAUGUUUUUUAUAAUGUUAAAAAAAAAA